GUCAACUUUUUUUUGUGAUGAAGAGAAACAACUUAUUUACAUGGACAUGGAUGAAUCAAAAACACAAGCACAGAAAUUGGAUGAAUUUAUAAAAAACACUAAUGUGGAGAGAUCUGAAGCAAUUAGUAUAUUAACUAGUAAGUUUUUUCUUUUGUCAUAUUAACCCCAAGAUCAUUAUUACUACAAAAUUCAGAAUAAUUAAAUUGUAAUUUUUAAUAUAAGGUUUCUAUUUAAGCUAUCCAUCCCUCCCUGUGGCGCUACAGCCCAUGUAGGGCUUUGGCCUACUUCACCACAUCCUUCCACUCAGACCUUUCAUCCCUCCCUGUGGCGCUACAGCCCAUGUAGGGCUUUGGCCUGCCUCACCACAUCCUUCCACUCAGUCCUUUCAUCCCUCCCUGUGGAGCUACAGCCCAUGUAGGGCUUUGGCCUGCCUCACCACAUCCUUCCACUCAGACCUAACUGAUGCUUUUCUUUUCCAUGCUUGGAUUCCCCGCUGCUGUAGAUCUUUUUUUCACAUCAUUCAUCCGUCUAAGUCUACCUUUGAGCCGUUUUCCUCUGGGGUUUGGUGGUGUGCCCUCUUCACUCCCCUGUCAUUUUUUCUAAGAGUUCCGCCUGGCAUAGCCUGCCUUUUUUUAUUUCUGCUACUAGCAUGGGGAUCCUAAUAUAUACUACAAUUCCUGGUUGGUUCGUUUUUUACAUCCAUAUUCAUCCUUUGUUGGUUCAUAUAUUUUCAAGGGAACUUUUCUCUCCCAUGCGUUAAGCUAUAGGAGUAAUAAAAUUAUUGACCAUAACUAUGAAAUUGCUGUGGUAUUUUAUAUCUCUGAUUAAACUUUUUCUUCAAUGAUAAUGUACAGGAAAUAAAUGGAACCUAGGAGCCAGUUAUAAAGAAAUUGAACAGAUACGCAACUCAGCAGGACAGAGAAAUCAUCAGUCCAUUCAAAAUGACCACAAUCGUCUGAAAGACUCACCUAAACACAAAGCUAUUGAACAAGGUGUAGGAGCUGCUGUUCACUUGGAAAAGAAAGGGUUAGGAAAUCUACCAGAAAUGUCAUCUGGUUUCAAUACUUUUAAAUUACCACAAACAAAUAUUCCAUUGUCUCAGAGAAAAAAUGGUGACUUUUCCGAUCAGACCAAAGGUUUAUCAGUUAGGAUGCCUACAAAUAGUACAAUAAAUCGACAGGAAAGAAUUAUUCCUAUCCAGAUAGUUGGAGGCCGAACAUUACCUCCUCCCCAAAGUCUCGCAGACUCAUAUUCACAGACACCAUUGAAGAGUUCAGUUGAUGCAAAUCUAUAUUCACAAAGUAUGCCAAACUCAUAUGUAAGCACUACGUUGGCCAAUUCAUAUCAACCUGUUGUUUUCAAUGACAACGCUGUGUAUCCAGCCCAAACCUCGGUAAUAAGACCAUCAUCUGGGACAGACAUACCAACAGAGUCUCACCAAGAAGAUGAUGAUGUUUUUGAUGACAAACUCUCCAAGAAGCCUCCGCCCAGCAACACUUGUAAGUCAACUUUUACCAGAUGUUUUGUAUGUUUUCUUAUGAAUAUCAUAAAUUUGCUUGUAAUAAAUUAGAUAUUUUUGGUUCUAAAAUUGCAUUUUUUUUUAAAAUUUUGAAUCUCUAUUAUAUUUUUUAAAAAUUUGAGUACUCAAAUUCCGGAAGAUGACAGUUACAAUAACAGUAAAUAUUGAUUUUAGAUCCUAGACUCAAGCGAGGUUUCUCCAACAUUUUGGAAAAUGAGAGCUUAGUUUCUGAGGCAAGACACAGUGUUCAAACAGACAUUUUAAAAGAUAACCAUGACAAUAUGUAUGUACAGACAUUUGUCCUACCUAAUUUGGCUGCUUUCAGUGAAGAUUUUAAAGCAUUUCUUGGGAAGGAGUUGAUAGAGACAUCAACUUUGGUGUCUUUAGAGCAAGCUGGUAAGUUUUUUUGGCGUGUGUGUUUCUUUUUUUGUCUCUUUUUUUGUUGCAAUUGAUGCAAUAAAAAAAGGCGCAGUGUUUAGGAGAUCUUUGUCACUUAUUGUAUUUUGUCUUUUUUGAAAAUCAAAGUUUUAAAAAAAAUCUACAUUAUCUUAACAAAUGUUAAUGUACUAUUUUAUACUACAUGAACUUUCUUUAUAAUCUUGUAAAAUGUUAUUAGAAAUAAAUUAUAACUGUCAUAUUUUGCAUAUUAAUUUUAUGCUUCUCUUUCAAAAUAAUAUUUUUUCUCCUUUAAAAUAAACAUUGCUUCUUUACACAUGAAAACAAUUAAUUUUUUUCCCACAUGUUAAAAAAAAUACAAUUCCAAAGUGAUGUUACUGAUAUAUAUAUUUCUUUCCUCAAAGGGCGUUUAAACUGGUGGGCAGAGUUAAGGCUGUGCCAGAGACUUCUUCCAAUGGCUACCUCUGGUGAUGGAAAUUGCUUGCUGCAUGCAGCGUCUUUGGGUAAGGAAGUAAUGUAUUUUGGAAUCCUUAGCAAAGAUUAAAAAUAGUGUGUAUAAGUCAGUGUCUUAAAAAUUCUGUAGCUUUUUUAUAGCAAAACUAAAUUUUUAUUUUUUAGCCAUGUGGGGUAUCCAUGAUCGGCAGUUGAUAUUAAGAACAGAACUUCAUGAUACUCUAACCAAUGCAUCCUAUCGAGAAGCUCUGUACAGGAGGUGGCGUUAUCAACAAACAAUGAGUAACAAACAAGUAAAGUGUUACAUUAUUUAUUUGUAUCACUGUAUAUUUGAAGGAGUAAUAAUUUAGAAAAAAAAAUUGUUCGUUUAUUGGAAUAAAUCUGAAAACCAUAUUAUCACAUCAUAGUUACUCUGGCUUUCAUGUGCAUAAGUAUCCUUGGUACUAUUUUUUUUUAUUAAUAUAAUGUUUUUUUCCUUCAAUCAGUCAGGUCUUGUGUUUAGUGAGCCAGAGUGGAAAGAGGAAUGGGAAAACAUUCUCCGCUUGGCAUCUCCAUUACCAAGGGGAGCACCUGAUCCUGCAAGAUUCAACAACUGCUGUGAUAGUGCUGUGACCCAUGGGUAAGUCCAACUAUCAUUGUUAAAGAGAAAACUUGGUUGAAUACAAAUUUAAAAACUUUGAUCUUCUGUAUAUUGAUGAUGACACUCAAUUAUUAGCUAACUGAUCAUAAAAAUAUUGUUAUUUUAAAAGAAUCAUUACUUAAAUAUAAAAGCUCUUUGUGGUGUGAUGUACAGAUUUAAUUCAAAAAAGCCUUUUUAGUUUUUCAAAUCUUUGUUAUCAUUAAUGAUAAAAGAGGGAGAUAAAAUCUACCCAUAAUGACAUCACCAACAAUCUUGAUUAAUUUUUCUCAAUUAAAUUCCUUAAAAGUCCAAAAGAAUGGGUUGAAUUAUUUAUUAAAGAUAAUGAUGCAUUCUUUUUGACCAGCUCAAACUUUUUCUUGCUUGACAAAAAAUUAUUUUCUCUAAAACUAUCGUAAAAUUUUAUUUUUAUUUGAAGGAGAUGUGAUGAGCCAGUUGUUUACGAAAGUCUUGAGGAGUUCCAUGUGUUUGUUUUAGCUCAUGUAUUACAGCGUCCAAUCAUCGUAGUGGCCGAUGCCAUCUUAAAAGAUUCUAAUGGUGAGGCCUUGGCUCCUAUACCAUUUCCUGGAAUCUACUUGCCUUUAGAAGUCACCAAGUACUUUAGGUCACCUUUACUUUUGACUUAUGAUGCAGCUCAUUUUUCUGCCUUGUCUCCAAUGGAGCAAGAUCCAAAUAUAUUGCCUCACCUUCCAGGUAAUUGUUUUGUUUUAGAAACAUUUAAAAAAGAAUUGUUAUUUAAACUUAUCCUCUUGUUGUACCAGGUAUUUAUAGUGUUAACUAACACAUUGAUGUUAAUAAAUUUGUAAUUAAAUAUUUGAAAUUCUUAUUUUUUUAAAUUUUAUUUUUUUAAAAUUAUUGUAUUUCUUGCAUUCAUUUAUAAGUCUACAUAUAUCUGUAAAUCUGUCCUCAGCUGUUCAGAACCUAAAGUUAACUUUUAAAAAAAAUUAUUUUUUACAAAUUUGCUGAUGCUGUUAUCACUUGAAUUCCUAGAAAAAUGCUAAAUGCAAGCUCGAUAUACCGCAUACUUAAUUUGCGUCAGAAUUUUACUAAAAAGUUAUCAUUCAAAAGCUGGACCUUUUUUAAGCAUUUAAAAGCACACUUAUAAAUUUAGGAUCUGGAAACUUGAUUGAGAGUUCAUAAAAUAUUUGCUUACAAUAUUUUGAUAUUGUAUGGUUAUAUUUUAGCAAGUAAGAAAGUAACACCUGUCAAGGUUUCCCCUGUUUUGCAUGGCCUUGAUGAAUACCACCACCUUAUAACCAAACAUAUCUGAUGAAUAGAGACCGACCGAAAGUGAUUUUCUGAUGCCGAAAGUUUAAAAUGACUUUCGGCCGAAACCGAAGAUGAAAUAUUAAGAUAUUUUGAAAUUCGUUCCCGCAUACCCCUCUGCAUACAUCGAAAAUGAUGUGGGAAAGUAUAAAAUUUAAUAUUUACAUUCUUUUUGUAAAAAAAUUAGAUAAUCGUGAAUAUUAAUAAAUAAACAUCAAAUACAGGGGUCUCAAACUCGCGGCCGCGAGCCAUUUGUGACCCGCAAGACGAUAUUUUGCAGCCCGCUACAUGACAGAAAAGUUUAGUGUAAAUGCGCCGGCGCGUUUCCCCCAUUCUCAUAUCUAUAACGUGACUCUGCGGCGGUUGCAGUCGAAUCUCACCGACUAGUCUAAUUCUGAUUUUUUUGUUUGUUUAAUGUUUCUAUUUCUAUAUAUUUUUGUAUGCCAGGUCUCUGGCAACAGUGAGUAGUUCUUGAGAACCCUUAAUGAUUUUAUUGUUAUUUAUAAAGGUUGAGCAGAUUGUAACAGUUGCAAUCGCUUUUUUGUGGAUUACUUGAUGUGGCCCACUCUCAUUCAGACACUACCUCCUGUGCCCCCCUCCCCCCAUGAUUUGAGUUUGAGACCCUUGAGCUAAUGAAUACUUUGGAUUUUACCAUUUUAAUAUAAAAUUAAUUUAAAUUGCUUUACAAUUUUAAAAAAAAUUAAUAUGGUAGGAGAAAAUUUGGCAAAAAUUGGGGGGGGGGGGAAUUUAAUGAAAAAAUUUUUUUUUUUUAAACAGGGUCUUUAAAAAUUUUAAAAAAAAUUAAAAGGGUAGGAAAAAAUUUGGAAAAAAUGGGGGGGGGGGGGGAAAUUAAUGCAAAAUAUUAUUUUUUUUAAACAGGGUCUCUAAAAAAUGUCGUUCUAAGAGAUCGCUUAAUUUGUUUUUAAAGAUCGUUUAGUUGGUUGUUAUUGAUCGGUUAGUUUGUUCUUAAAGAUCGUGAGUUUGUUCAUAAAGAUCGCUUAGUUUGUUGUUAAAUAUCGUUUAGUUUGUUGUUAAAGAUCGCUUAAUUGGUUCUUAAAGAUUGUUUAGAUUGUUGUUAAAGAUCGUUUAGUUUGUUGUUAAUUCGGUCGGUCUCUACUGAUGAAAGGUUGUUAUUUUUAAUAACAGUUAUUCAAUUAUUGUAGGAGGAAAAUAAAAACCAUUUGCAAAGCUGAAGCUAAACUUUUAAAAUAAUAAUAAAUCAGCUUUCCUAACCAUUUCUUGGUAGAAAUGAGAGUAGGUUGUUUUAGCAAUGAGAUCAUUUGAUUGGCUUCUUAGUCAAUUUUCUAAAAAAAACUAUUUGUUUGCUUGUUUCAGCUGCCAUUCCUUUAGUUGACCCUGAACUGAAGCUCUUACCACUCCACUUUUAUGUUGACCCAGGGUCAAGGGUAGACUGGAGCAAAGAUUUCAUGUUAGAACCCAGCCUUGAAGAUAAAAUAAAUCUGCUACAGAAAUUUCUAGAUGUGGAUAGGAUUCCUUUCAAGUUUGAUAUUAAUUAUGAAAAUGACCAAGGUUCUGGUGGAGCUCAGGAAUAUUAUGAAGAAAGCGGAUCUUUAUUGAAAGAUAAAGACAAAAAGAAAAAAGAUGUACGCAUGGCUAACCAAGUACAAACUGUUGCCAGGCAGUUUGGCAGCAUAGGGAAGAGCAUGGGGAAAAAGUUAAAACAGUUGGGUAAAGUUGGAAAAGGAGAUAAGUCACGUCAAACAGCUGUUGGGAAUGAGAUAACCCAGAGCACACGUGUCAUUCCGAAUUAUGAUAACCAGCGAAGCGUACAUGAUGUUAUUUUGGUUGCAAAGUUGUCAGAGAAGCGAGGAAAGCAGCAGCAAGAAAUGGUUAAAAACUACUUGCAGGAUGCUGAAGAGAGGUUUAAAUCCGAUCGAGAUAUAAAAAGAAGAAGCGAUGCGGAACUGAGAAUGAAAGUUCCUCUCUAUCCAGAUGUCAUGAAUCAAACAAGUGGUAUUCCCUGUAGCACACCUCACUGUAGUAACAUUGCAGCACCUCAAACAAACUACUUGUGCACUAGAUGCUUUAAUGCCCAUCGCCUAGAAAUAGACAUGGGGCACAGGCGAAGUGGACAAAAUGUGUAUAACACUUUCCCUGGAAGAGGAAAGCAGCCUCCACCUUCAUUUGAUGAAACCAUCACCUGUGGCAAGUCCACAUUUUAUACUCCCAGUAUUGAAGAUGUGCCACAAGGGACAGCUUCCCUUGGUGUUAACAACCUGAAUAAACAAAUCUCUUAUUCCAGCACAAAUGUUCACAUUCCUAGAGCUAGAUCGCCUUCACCGGACUAUGACAAUGUUCCUGUCUCAAACCGCAACAGUCGAGGCCAUCAGCAGGCUACCACUAAAACACACUCAACAACUGUUGUGGAAGAUAGGCAGCAGUGCAGGGCAACUGAUUGUAAAUUUUAUGGAAGUCGUGAAUUUGAUGGUCUCUGCUCACAGUGCUAUAAGAUGAAAAAUGAAGGUUAUUCAAAGUUCACACACAGUUCAACCAGGUUGUAAAAAUUGUUGAAAUUUUAAGUAUUUUUUCACUUUUAGCCAGUACAAGUACCAGUAACUUAGUAGCUACUUUUAUUUUGGAGAAACAGUUUUUGUCUGCAGUUAGUGACAAUGCUUUCAUAAAUGGUUUGUGAUUAUUAAUGUGAAUCAUUUUGUAGCCCUUGGGGGGAAAAGUGCCUAAUCUGAUGAUGCCAUCGGGUUUAUAAAAAGUACCUUUAUCUUUUUUUUGCUUCCCCAUUAAUUUUUGUCUCCAGC